AUGGGCCAGCUGAGCAUUGUGGAGACCAGCAGCGAUCCGGAAUGGAAGAAAGCAUUCAACAGGCAUUUGGCGCUGGAGCUGGAGAGCCCGCAGAAAUUCGCAACGUGUGUGCUAUCGACGGUUGACGGCAACGGGCACCCGGCGGCCCGGCUAGUGACGCCGCGCGGCUUCGUAGGCGAAGACUUUCUGCGGCUAUCACCGCAGGAUGGCGGGCAGUGGACGUCGGACGUGAUGACGUUCUGCACGCACUCAAAGAGCAUCAAGGUGCAAGAGCUGGUGGGGGUGAGCGACGUGCAGCUCCUGUACUGGUUCCCGCACGCGCAGGUGCAGGUGCGGUGCUCGGGGCAAGCGCACAUGCUGUUCCACCCAGACAACCCGCACUACUCGACGCUGUCGCUGGAUAUCCGGCAGCGGAUCUGGCGGCGCGACGAGCGGGAGGCGGGACUGGAUAAUAGCGAGGUGGAGCUGGAUACAGAGUAUAUCCGCGAGCAGGCGUUUUUGAAUCACUCGCCGGUGAUCCAGGCGUGGUAUUCGUGGCCGCCGCCGGGGCGCGUGCGGUCGGGCGAUGCGUCGCUGUAUCCGCAGGAGAUCCCCGGGAUCAAGGACGAGGAGAUGCGCGAAAAGUACGGCAAUGAGGCGCGCAGGAACUACGUGCUGGUGUUUGUUGACGUCACGAAGGUGGAUAUAGUGGAUCUCAAGGAUAACACGCGGAAGCUGUACAAGCGGCGUGGCGACACGACGUGGACGGUCACCAAUAUCAACCCAUGA